UAAGUGAAGAGUUGUGGUCCGCGAUCGCCGCGCGCUCCCGCGAUCGACCCUCAGCUUACACGUGGCUCGUGGUGCGCCACCUGCGCAAGCCGCUGACCCCUGCAAAUUAGUAAACAAAAUUUAAACGCAUAGCUGAAACAACAAACAACGGUCACCCGGGGGGGGAGUGGGGGUCCGGCGUCAGACAGCGCAGUGCUUCAACACCCCCAUUCGCGUAAGGCGCGCCUUUGCCAAAUCUAAUCAGCGGCGGCCAGUGCGAGUCGUUGGCGCGAUAGACGGUUCCCACCGCGAGCUGUUUUAUUGUUUUACACACGCGCGCGCGCUGAUGUGUGUGCCCAAUUUUCGGCCACCGUCCCGAUAGGUGUCCCGCUGUCCGCGCCCUGAGUCAGAGAAUGUGGAAACGUGCCCGGGAGCGGUUCGUGGUUGGUGUUCUUCUCUGGCGCUCUGGCAGCAAGGACUGGUUGGGAUCGCGAUCGCUUAGGUCCGGCACUGGAUGCUGGAGUGUGCCUUGGUCAAUAAUAAACUAAACCGAAGCAAGGAAGUGUCGUUUCCAGAAGUGAUCCGAAGAGGGUGUCCUUUAGUGUCCGCAGUAAACAGGGACCAUCUAGUGCCAUGGCGUUCAGCUGCACGCUCUGUGGACUGGGUCCCCGGGUGACGGUUUUUCUCAUCGGAACCAUAACGAUGGUAUUCGCUUUGCUAAUGGUUGGACUGGCCACGACCGCAAUACUGGCCCACAACUGCGAGAUCGAUAUGACCGAGUCGAGGGAAGCGUACGGUCUCUAUUUGUUUUAUUUCCGGUCCGAAGACUGUGGUGAGAUCGAUCUGCGGUACUUGGGGAUCGAUGUUCCACCGCAAUUUCCACAACUACUCGUGCCCGACACGACGGAAGCUGUUCAGCGAACCUACGUCUUUGCGCUCGUGGCCGUUGCCCUUCACGGUGCCCUGGCCGUAACGACCGUCCUUCUGUUCGGUACCAUGUGCGUUUCGUGUUUGGGACGAGGAUGCGUCGUGUUUGGAUUCUAUCCCUGGAUACUGGCGAUGUUCCUGGUGCUGGCCCUCGACGUUACCGGAUUCGUGGUGUAUUUGAUAGACUUCAUCAACGCCAUGGACGUUGAUGGAGUGCUCGAUUUGCUGGAAAUACAGAACUCGGAAAUGGUGCGCGAUGUGUUUGAACAAAUCGACACUAUUGUCCUUGUCGCGCCUUCGCUGCUGAUGUGGAUUACCUUCAGUAAAGGAGUGAUAUUUUGGUUCAUGUUCCUCAUUUUCGUGUUCGUCAUCAUCAGUAUGUCGAUGCGUCUGUGGAAAGAGAAUAAACCGGCUCCACCGUACAACAGCAGCCAGGCAAUGCAACCACGGCAGGUGGUGCACCCAACCAGUCCCACGCCGACCGAUCUGGACGACAGUCGGAACGAAUCGACCCGCUACAUGGACCAGGCACCCCAGCAGCAGAUGGCCUCGUUCCAGCAGCCCCCAAUGCAGCAUCCGCAAAUCUAUCCGGUGAUUCCACCUCCCAAUCAGCAGCCCCAGCAGCCGCAGCUGCUACCGCCCGCAGGUGUCAACAUGCGGCGCACGGUGGAACCACUGAACGAUGCCCACGAACAGCACCAGGACGAAAGUCCGCCGUACCAACCGCCGGCACAGGACGCUAAUGCACUGCACACGCGGCAAACAAUCGAUCCGUACACCGACAAGCGGUUCUCCUACCUGCCCGGUCAGCCGGCUCCGUUCUCAUACCUAGCCGGGCCACCGCCCGGGACUAGUCCCCGCAGCUCGAUGAAUCCCCCACCGGAGGUGCGCAAUCAGCUACCGUGGUCCUACUUUGCGGCGGCCGGCGAUGACAAGAAACCUGGCGGCCGGCACCGGCUAACGACCACCUUGACGGAGCAGAAAGAGUUUCCGGGCGAAGAGAAACAGGCCCCGACCGUGAAAGUGAGCUCGCUCGCAGAUGAUCGAUCCAGUGUAACGACGGACGAAGGAAAGUGGAGCGGACCGGAGUACAAAUACUAGUCAAGCCGCGAAGAAGUCUUGGCACCGCAAAACGGAAUCGAAAAUCGUACGCCCAACGGUGCUCCUGUAUAUAUAGUACACUAAUCAUUCCUAUGUCCGCAAUCCUUCGGUCGCGUAGCAGCCGCAUAUCGUCGCACGAUUUUCGUCGGUCCGAAUGAUUCAUCGUUCAAGAAACUCGCAGGAACGGAAUCGCCGUGAGUCUCGAGCCUUAUCGAGGAACGGAAGUCGUAAACAAUGGCCCUGGUGAUAACGAACGACUGGUCCCUCCCCAUGCGGAUUGCGAUAAUCUGCCGAAAGUGUGUAU